GAUCCUGAAAGAGGUUGCGCGGAACUAGGAAACUUCUACGACAUACGCUACAGACGAGAGGAUCAACAGCUCCGAGACGAUGUGCGGAAUUUUUGCCUAUCUGAAUUACCGGGUGCCAAGGACAAGGCGGGAGAUAUUCGAGACGCUGGUGAAAGGUCUUCAGCGGCUGGAAUACAGAGGAUACGAUUCUGCAGGCGUUGCCGUUGAUGCUGCCAGCAAAGAUGUGAAAGAUGACAACAACAGCAUCUCUCUGAUUAAGAAGAAGGGGAAAGUGAAAGCCCUGGAUGAGGAGCUGCACAAGAAAAACCUGAUGAACCUGGACGCAGAGCUGGACACACAUUUUGGCAUCGCUCACACCCGCUGGGCCACACACGGAGAGCCCAGCGCGGUCAACAGCCAUCCGCACCGCUCCGACAAGCACAAUGAAUUUGUUGUGAUUCACAACGGGAUCAUUACCAAUUACAAGGAGCUGAAGAAAUACCUGACUUCGAAAGGGUACGAGUUUGAGUCAGAGACAGACACCGAGGUCAUCCCCAAGCUGAUCAAGUAUCUAUACGACAACCGCGAGAGCACCUACGUGUCCUUCUCCACUCUGGUGGAACGCGUCAUUCAGCAGCUGGAAGGGGCCUUUGCCCUGGUUUUCAAAAGCAUCCACUUCCCCGGAGAAGCUGUCGCCACCAGAAGAGGAAGUCCUCUGCUGAUUGGUGUGAGGAGCAAGUAUGAGCUGUCGACCGAAGAAAUCCCCAUCCUGUACAACAACGGUCAUUACAAAGAAGGCGUGGAGGAGAGAAACUUCCGGAACAGGGUGGACAGCUCCUCUGCCCUGCACUCAGUCUGCGACAGGAAGGCGGUGGAGUACUACUUCGCCUCCGAUGCCAGCGCCAUCAUCGAACACACUAACAAGGUGAUCUACCUGGAAGACGACGACAUCGCGGCAGUGGCCGAGGGGAAGCUGUCCCUGCACAGAAUGAGCCGCAGCGCCGGGGAGGACCCGGUCCGUGCCAUCCAGACCCUGCAGAUGGAGUUGCAGCAGAUUAUGAAAGGGAACUUCAAGGCCUUCAUGCAGAAGGAGAUCUUUGAGCAGCCAGAGUCAGUCUACAACACCAUGAGGGGGAGGAUCUGCUUUGACACCAACACAGUUGUCCUGGGCGGGCUGAAAGACCACCUCAAGGAGAUCAAACGCUGCCGACGUCUCAUUAUGAUCGGCUGUGGGACCAGCUUCCAUGCAGCGGUGGCGACGAGGCAGAUUCUGGAGGAGCUGACGGAGCUGCCUGUGAUGGUGGAGCUGGCCAGCGACUUCCUGGACCGCAUCACCCCUGUGUUCAGGGAUGACGUCUGCUUCUUCAUCAGCCAAUCAGGUGAAACGGCAGACACCCUGAUGGCCCUGCGGUACUGUAAGGAGAGGGGCGCGCUGACCGUGGGAGUGACCAACACCGUGGGCAGCUCCAUCUCCAGGGAGACUGACUGCGGGGUUCACAUCAAUGCAGGCCCUGAGAUCGGGGUGGCCAGCACCAAGGCCUACACCAGUCAGUUUGUGGCCCUGAUCAUGUUCGGCCUGAUGAUGAGCGAGGACAGAAUCUCCCUGCAGAAGAGGAGGAUGGAGAUCAUCAAUGGGCUCAGGACUCUGCCAGAAAUGAUCAAGAAUGUCCUGGCUCUGGAUGAUCAGAUCAAAAGCCUUGCUGACGAGCUCUACCAGCAGAAGUCGCUGUUGGUCAUGGGCCGUGGCUUCAACUAUGCCACUUGCCUGGAGGGGGCGCUGAAAAUCAAGGAGAUCACCUACAUGCACUCUGAGGGCAUCCUGGCGGGGGAGCUGAAGCACGGCCCCCUGGCUCUGAUUGACAAGCACAUGCCUGUCAUCAUGGUGAUCACGAGGGAUGCCUGCUACACCAAGUGCCACAACGCUCUGCAGCAGGUGACCGCCAGACAGGGGCGACCCAUCAUCCUCUGUUGCCAGGACGACCCGGAGAUCGCCAAGAAUGCCUACAAGACGAUCGAGCUGCCGCAGACGGUGGACUGCCUGCAGGGCAUACUGAGUGUCAUCCCGCUGCAGCUCAUGUCCUUCCACCUGGCCACGCUGCGCGGAUAUGACGUGGACUGCCCCAGGAAUCUGGCCAAAUCUGUGACCGUGGAGUAACUUCCAACAGGAAAGUGGCCAACCGCCAAAGGGGACACCGAGAGGCGGCCUUCCGGUUUUAGUGCAAUCUGUGUGUGUGGGAGUGUGUGUGUGUGUGUGUGUGUGUGUGCAUAUUGGACAUGCAUAUUUAUAACGCAGGACUCUGAAGUACCUUCUCCACACUAUUGUUAGCACGUCCAGGAGUUAAAUGGGAUGUAAUACUGUGAAGAACUGAAUGACUGACUAUAGCAGUACAGUAUGACCCAUUCACCCAUAUUAAUUGAAGAAAAUCAGAACUAUGCAUAUCAAAUCUCCAUAUAGUGCCUUAAACCAUACAGUCUACUUCCAUCUCUGUACUGAGCCAGAGAGACAGUACGCAAUCCUGAUGUUUACUUGGUGUAUUGAAGUGUUUACUACUGUGCAAUAUUCACUACAAGGGGAACCAAAGAGCUCUUGCAUCAACAGGGCAGUGGGAGUGACAGAUAUUCAAUGAUGUGAAUGUUUAAUUUUGUUUUUUUUUUGUAUCAUAAAUUAGCAAAGCCAGAAAUCACCAUCGUACCCAACACUUAAUCGUGCCAAAGCAAAACUCCAGACAGCAUGGAAUGUUUGGGAACAUUAGGGGGGGGGAUAUUUAGCAACAAUGAAAGGGAAUAUUUGGGAAUAUUGAAGGGGAGUAUUUAGCAACAUUGAAAGGGAAUAUUUGGGUUUAUUGAAGGGGAAUAUUUAGCAACAUUGAAAGGGAAAGUUUGGGCAUCAUUCAAGGGCUUGUUCCUAUCCUUUUACUUAAGCUGUCAACAUCAGGCAUUAUAUGAACGAAAACAUGGUUAUUGUAUUGUGGGACUGUACCAUGAAACCCAGGAGAGGGGGAGACUGAGCUUUGGACGCGGAGUGUGGGACUCUGUGAUGUCUCAGCCUGUGUGAAAUGGACCGUUCCUAGUACACUGUCCUUUUUGGAUCAAAUUCAUAAUAUACAGGAAGAGGCAUGAGAUAGGCCUUCAGGUCUCCCUGAUCCCAGAUCAGUAGAUAUACUCUACUCUUUGCCCCACUACCCUGUCUCAUCCCCAGAAAAGAAAUGUAUUUCACUUUUAAAAUUAAUUUUCUUUAGCCUGAUUUUAAUAU